ACAACCAUGGCUGCAGCUGCAUGGACCGACCGCGGACGGAGGGCCGUGACUCUCCUGAAAACGGCGACCGGAUCCCGAUCGAGUCACACCGGGUUGAGAUCCCAGUACGACGCGCUGGUGAUCGGCGGAGGACACAAUGGACUGGUGGCUGCCGCCUAUCUGCAGAAGGGAGGGCUGAGGACGGCAGUGCUGGAGCGCAGACACGUGCUGGGAGGUGCAGCUGUGUCAGAAGAGAUUGUACCUGGUUUCCACUUCUCUAGGUGCUCCUACUUGCUCAGCUUGUUACGGCCGCACAUUUAUGAGGACUUGGAGCUGAAGAAACAUGGCUUGAAGGUGUAUAUGAGGGACCCCCAUGCUUUUACCCCCAUGCUGGAGGAAGGGGUGGGAGGUGCCCCACCAAGGUCUCUCACUCUGGGCUCCGAUCUGGCCAUGAAUCAGCAGGAGAUCGAGAAGUUUUCACAGAAGGAUGCUAAGGCUUAUCCAGAGUUUCUUGCACAUCUUGAAAAGCUGGCAGCAGCUGUGCACCCUCUGCUGGAUGCUCCUCCUGUCGAUAUUCCCGGCGUCACUGCCGGCUCCUUCAGGAAGAGGCUGGCAGCAGCUCACACACUGAAGCCUAUCAUCAGCUGUGGUUUGAAACUGGGAAGAAACAUUCCAGACUUUUAUGAGAUUAUAACUGCACCAAUAAUGAAGAUUCUUACUCGUUGGUUUGAAUCGGAGCCGCUGAGAGCAACGCUGGCUACUGACGGCGUGAUAGGAGCCAUGACCAGUCCCAGCAAUCCUGGUAGUGGGUAUGUCCUGUUGCACCAUGUGAUGGGAGAGCUGGAGAAGGAAAAGGGAGCAUGGGGUUAUGUCGAAGGAGGCAUGGGAGGCGUGUCUCAGGCUAUGGCCCGUGCUGCUAGAUCCUAUGGUGUAGAUAUUUUCACUGAAAAGGAAGUCGAACAGGUCCUUAUCGGUCCUGAUGGUGCUGCGAAGGGAGUGGUGCUGAAGGAUGGCACAGAGAUCCACAGUCGAGUGGUUUUAUCAAACGCCACCCCGCAUGUUACCUUCAAGAAGCUCACACCGCAGGCUUCACUUCCUCCAGAGUUCAUCAAAGCCGUGGAUCAGAUAGACUACACCUCACCUGUGACCAAGAUCAAUGUGGCUGUAGACAAGCUUCCAAACUUCCUAGCUUCUCCUACUCCGGAUGAUAAACCUGGACCUCACCAUCAGUGCUCCAUUCAUCUCAACUGUGAAAACGUGGAAGUCCUGGAGACCGCAUACAAGGAGGCCAUGAAUGGACGGAUCUCAACUAGACCCAUGCUGGAGAUGACCAUCCCCUCUGUGUUGGAUCCCACUCUGGCCCCCCCUGGCUGCCAUGUGGUGUCACUGUUCACUCAGUUCACGCCGUACCACAUAGAAGGCAGAGAGUGGACUGACGAGGACCGGGAGGCCUAUGCUGACAAUGUCUUUGACUGGGUGGAGCAGUAUGCCCCUGGCUUUAAGAAGUCAGUGGUGGGCAGGGACAUCCUGGCUCCUCCUGACCUGGAGAGGAUCUUUGGGCUGACUGGAGGGAAUAUCUUCCAUGGAUCGAUGUCACUGGACCAGCUGUACUUAGCGCGACCUUUGCCUUCUCUCUCAGACUACCGUUCACCAAUCACAGGGCUCUAUCUCUGCGGCAGUGGCAGUCAUCCAGGUGGUGGCGUCAUGGGCUCUCCUGGUUGGAACGCAGCUCUUACUGCAUUGGCUGAUCUGAAACGCCAGUGAGACGACGGACAGCGUCAGUGUGUGGUCCGUCCAUCCACAGACUUCCUCUUUUGGAUGUGCUGUUUUUAGCCAUGAUGACCAAGUUGAGUGUCUGGUAGUAUGAGAUGAAAAAGACCAGAAAAUGCUCAUUUAAACAGACUUCAAGACUUUCAUUAAGUCAACCAUGUGAAGAGACUGAAGCAAACUGGCACAAACUCAUGAAGUAUAACUGAGCUGGCAAAACUAUUACUAAGAUCAGCUCAUGACUGGAAUCAAAUCUAUUUCUAUGAUGUUCCCAUUUUGCUAAUGAAAUGAACUCAAAUUGUGUAAUGAUGAAAAUUAUGCACAAUGGAAUUUUACCGUCUAAAUAAACUCAAAUGAACUGGA